AUGGACCGGUCGUUAUGUGAAUAUUACUGGAAAAAAAUACCAAAAGAUGUUAUUUGCACCACUGAAUUUAAUACCCGGAACGUUUGCAAGGGUGACAGUGGUGGUGGCCUAAUGGCACAACUGGACGAUGGUCGUUGGGUACUGCUUGGUGUUGUUUCAUCCGGAAACGAUUGUCCGAAUCUGCUUAGCAAAAAAACUGUUGCUAAGGGGCAAAUCUAUACGAAUGUUGCACUGUAUGGAGCCGAUAUUGCUCGCUUCACCGGUUUCUUCAUAUCGCCAGUGCAAGUUUGA